AGAUCUAAAUCUAGUUAUGUAGAAAUAUAGAUCUAAUCUACUCCUUCAAGUGUAAAGAGUUAGUCCAAGCAGAGAGGUGGUCUAAGUAAAAAAAAAAAUUAAAAGCGUUUAGUUUAGUUAGUACUGGUAACCUUUAGUAAAUAUUAUGAUCACGUGAUGGAAUUGCUUCCCUUGACCUAAUAAUUGGGUUUCGACUGUCCCAAUCUGUUGCCUGCUGGCCCGAAGAUGGACGUUUCCAUUGUUCUUGUCCGUACACUAUAACUAUAACAAUUUCGUGAGCGUGACAUUGCUCGAUUUCUCUUCUGGAGUCUUUUCAAAAUAUGUUACAUGCAGACUUAUUUAGGGUUCCAGGAUCAUCAUAGUUUCUAAAAAAAUGGGUAACUCUGUGACCCACUCUCCAAGGGAGGGCAGAAAAGGCAAGAAGAACAGUAAAGUUGAGUUUUACAAUAAACUGAAGACAAGUCAUGUGGGAGAUGAGCUCCUGACUUGUUCCUUUGGUGCUUGGUGCCGUGAACAGAGGCAAGUGUGCGGAUUCUCGGAUAAAGCAGAUUACACUUCAAGCCGACACUCACUGCUACAGCUCAAUGGCUCCCCAAACAGGCCGGAUACGACGGAGGGCCGCUUCUUUAGGAGCGGAUUCAAAACCCAAAAUGAGUUAAUGAUUCAAGAAAAGGAGACGUCAUGCUGCAUUACGAUUAAAGUUCCGCGAGUCACAUCAACAGAGUUGUCUGCUUACCUGCGUCACAACCGACCUCGACGGAAAAGGAGAAGCCAUCGGUGCACUCGGGUCGUGGCAUACCAUAAGGGAUACAUCAUUGUGCAGGUCAAUACAGAGAGAUUUAUACCCUUCUCUAAGUUUUACGUCAUUGACAUGGACCAGCAAGUCUGCAGUGGACAUUUUGUGAUUGCCAACAACGUGCGGCGGUGGUACGAAGUCCACAUGUCCCCAAGUACAUCGCACAUUGUCCUACGGCCAGAUGUACGCUACCAUUUCCAAGCUAUAAUUAACUAUGAAGUGCAGAACAUCAAGUGUUACCCUCCGAUGUCGGACAUCACGAUCAGCAAGAUUCCUACGUACCUCCCCAACUGUAGCAUCACCUACAAUGCUCUCUUGGGGGACGAGCAUGUGAUAGCUGCUGGUCAGCGCAUCAUACAGGUGUAUAAAACAGAUGACUGGUCUGUGGUUUCGGUGCACAACUUAAUGAUUCCUCAUGCUCACAUACAUCAGAUCAGGUCCAGUCCAAGUGGAGAUUUUCUGGCCGUAAGAUACACGUACCCAGCUGACGGCUGCCAUUUCAACAGAAUUCUCAUCCUGCAUUAUCCGUCUUUCACCAAGGCAAUGCGGGUUGAAGUGAGAGGUGCGUACUGGCCAGUGUCGGAGUUUGUGAACCUGCAGGUCUUUCCCAGAUUUUCUCUCAGUGAGUCGUGUUUGGCAGUGAUGAAGCAGCGGAACUGCGGCCGCAAGGUUUUUGUGUACAAACUACCCACAGAACUGCGCUCUUUACAGGAUCUGUGUCGGCGAGCUGUCCUUCACCUCGUGUCCUGUAAAGAUGUCAAUAAACUGCCUGUGCCUGAGCUGGUGCAGAGGUACAUCUGUCAGAAUGCAAACUGAAAACCUUCCAUGAAGUGACAGAGGAGAUCACCUCUUAUAUAGACAUGAAGUGGCUGGUUUUGAAUUCAACUUACUUGGCCCAUAGAAAUAGUUGGAGUACAGUUUUAGCCUAAAUAGAUUUUUGCGACUAGUCAUUGUAAUAGAUUGAUUUAUGUGCUCAAGUUUAUACAUUUUACCCUGUACCUUUGUUUUAUUUGGAUGCAGAAAGUUAUGAAAGUGUUUUCAUCUUUAAAUACUGAAUUUCUGUUAAGUUUUUUUAUGGUAGAAUUCCAGUUUCAGAUGCAUUUUUGGAAUCUUUUUUUUUCCCUUAAAAAAUGUCUUAAAAUGUUCAUUUCUGUUUUAAAAAAAUUAAUUUUCACCUUUUUCCUGCAGUAUAAAUUGCUGUUUCAUGUAAGUAGUAUGAAAAAGAACAUCAUAUAAAUGAUUUUACUCUACUGUUUCAUCUCAUUUUAGAAGUGGUUACCAAAGUGAUAUUUUCCUCUUUUCUCAGUGUACCUGUACGCAACUUUCCCAUUAGUCAUCGACAUAAAUACCUUUUCCUAGUGGUGAAGUGUAACACAGAUCAACAUCAAGUACUGAAUUUGACUAUAAUUUUGUGUCCAAAUACAUUUACCAUUUUCAAUGGUGAAGUGUAGCACCCCACAGAUAUCUCAUUCCCUUAGCUGAUUAUUCAAAUUUGUUUGGCUCUGUACGAGGAGUUGUCUGAAGAUCCCAGGGCAGUUAUGUGGUCUGUAGCACCCUGGUUUCUUUUCAUUUACACAACAUAGGGAUGUAUUAAUCUCAGGCUACAAUUAUAAUGAUUUAAGUUUAAAAUAAUAGAGAAAUUACCAGUGCACCCAGUAAAGCCUGAAACUAUAGUGAGCAGGGGAAGUAAAAUUUCAUGGAGGCGAUGUGCAUUUCUAUUUUUUCUUUUUUUUUUUAAAUCAUAGUGCUACAAAUGUGUGUCCCCUCGCCAUCAUCCCUGUAUCUACCUUUCUCUGAGUGUUACUGAUGCCACAGUCAGAUUGUGCUCUCAGAUAUGGACAUUUUGAACAAGGAAUGAUUAUCGUUUGCAAAAAUUGUUCACUUUGGAUAAGUGACAGUCAGUCAAUGACCAUCACCCAUUUCUGUCAUCAGCUGCUCGCCAGAGGGAUAGAUAAUCAUUUCAUAGAAAGUUUUACAGUCAUCAAUGGUUAGAUAGUUAAGCUCUUUGUCUUUGCUUUGCAAAUGAAGCACUUAACGUUUAUUUCCAUUUUGGAAAGAUAUUAAAUUGAUUAUCCUUGUCUUUCUGCUGGAGUGCAUCCCACUUUUCCUGAGUAGGGCCCCAACUUCCGUAAUUGGAAAAAACAGAUGUUGCAGGCUGGUCUUGCAGAGUGGCAGGCAUAUGUGGUUUGUUAGACACUACAUUUUUUUACA